UUGAAUUUUGAAACCAAAGUUAUUAAUUUAAACACAAAGAAAUGUAAUUAACUAUUUAUUACAUUGUAUACUUUCCCGCCAAAUGAGUUGGCGCCCAAAACCCUCUCCCAUAUAUAGAAACAGUAAAGAGUGAAGAGAAAAAACACAGUGAUUUGAAAACUAAAUCCUUAACUUUCUCUCUCUUCAAUGAAGCCACAGAAACUCACCGACUACGAGCUCCAGCGGCUCCAGAACAUUCGCCGGAACAAUGAGAUGAUGGCGGCCCUCAAACUCCAUUCCAAAGCCACCCAACUCUCCAAUUUCAAGCGUCAAAGAGUUGAAGCCAAAUCCACCCGCGUGAAAUUGGAAAAGAAACCUAAAACCGAAAUCCCAAUUAAAACCGAAACCCCAAUUAAAACCGAAACCCCAAUUGUCAUCAGUGUCAGACGCUCCCUGCGAACCAGAGGUAUUCCACCAGAUUGUGAGGGUCUUAACAGAGAUUCCGUGGCCCCCACCACUCUCUCCAGAGAAACACCACCUCCUGUCUCCACCACUCGCUCCAAAGAAAAACCACCUUCCGUCUCAAGUUUGGGUCCCCUUUCCAUGGCCACUGCUCGUGCAAGCGCUCACUCUGAUAGUUCAUUCAUUGAGUCGCUAAUGGGUAUGGCCCAAGAUGUCAGUGUUCCAAAAGGGAAUGCGGGGGAUUCCCUUGAAUUGGAAUCUCUGUCUUUGUAUUUCGACAAUAUUGCGCGGGUUGUUUCUGGAAGGAUUACCAAUGUCAGGUUUUUUCCUACCAACAGUGUCAAAAUGAUUGCCGCGGGUAACAAGUUUGGGAAUAUUGGGUUCUGGAAUAUGGGAGAAAGUGAGGUUCAUUUAUACCGUCCUCAUAAUGCUCCCAUUUCUGGGAUUUUGAUUCAAUCACAUUGUUGUUCAAAGAUAUACACAAGUUGCUAUGAUGGAAUUCUUCGGCUAAUGGAUGCUGAGAAGGAAAUCUUUGAUCUGGUGUUUGAGAGUGAUGAAACAAUAUAUGCUCUUUCUCAACCACCAAAUGAGACAAACUGCCUAUAUCUUGCUGAGGGUUCUGGAGGUUUGACUAUGUGGGAUAACAGGGUGGGAAAACUUUCGUCGCACUGGGAUUUGCAUGACAGUAGGAUUAACACGAUAGAUUUCAACUGUCAAAACCCUCACAUUGUAGCUACUAGUUCCUCUGAUGCAACUGCCUGCACCUGGGACUUGAGAUAUACUAAUAGGAAUGACCUCACAGCUUUGAGGACAGUUACCCACAAAAGAUCUGUCCAUUCUGCUUACUUCUCUCCUUCUGGAGGUAGCCUUGCAACUACAAGCUUGGACAAUACUAUUGGAAUUUACAGUGGAGUUAACUUGGAGGAUUCGGCUGUUAUUUCUCAUUUCAAUCAGACUGGCAGAUGGCUUUCUACAUUCAGAGCGAAAUGGGGUUGGGAUGACAAAUAUCUCUUCAUUGGAAAUAUGAAUAGAGGGGUUGAUGUGGUUUCAGCAGUUCAAAGGAAAAUAGUUAUGACGUUAGAAAGCCCACACAUGUCUGCCAUUCCUUGCAGAUUCGAUAUAAACUCUUACGAGGUUGGGAUGCUUGUAGGAGCUACAAGUGGAGGCCAGCUUUAUGUCUGGACAUCACGCUAGGAUGUUUAUUUAACAUGCCUUCUCUUGUGUAUGGUAUAAAACUACUAUAUUUUCUGAUUCUAGAUUGUUUUAUGUCGUAUAGUAUCAUUCAUGAGUUAUAAUUGAGUUGACAUGAUUUGAUGUACUUUGUAAUAUUUUGCCAAGCCAUUAUUAGUCAUAGUUUGUGGAUUGUGUU